UCCUAAGCAGCCGCGUCGCCGCUGUCGUCAAGCGGGCCAUGGGGAGCGGGGCAGCGGAAGAGGCUGGCGCGCGGGCCGGGGUUCGGGGCGGCGGCGGUGGCGAGGGGUUCCCUUGAGCCUCAGCGAGUCCAGCCCGCGCCCUUCGAGAGAUGGAGGCGAAGCGGAAAGAGCCGCGGAAGGCGCUGAGAAUUAAAGUUAUCUCCAUGGGCAACGCGGAGGUGGGCAAGAGCUGCAUUAUAAAGCGAUACUGUGAGAAGAGGUUUGUGCCCAAGUACCUUGCAACAAUUGGCAUCGAUUAUGGUGUCACCAAAGUGCAGGUUCGGGAUCGGGAAAUCAAAGUGAAUAUUUUUGACAUGGCUGGACACCCCUUCUUCUAUGAGGUACGCAAUGAGUUUUACAAGGACACGCAGGGCGUAAUCCUGGUGUAUGAUGUUGGGCUGAAGGAGUCAUUUGAUGCCCUCGACUCAUGGCUCGCUGAGAUGAAGCAGGAACUUGGACCACAUGGAAACAUGGAGAAUAUUGUCUUUGUAGUUUGUGCCAACAAGGUUGAUUGUACCAAGCACCGUUCUGUGGACGAAAGUGAGGGGCGGCUGUGGGCAGAGAGCAGAGGCUUCCUUUAUUUUGAGACUUCUGCUCAGACUGGAGAAGGAAUCAACGAGAUGUUCCAGACUUUCUACUCUGCCAUCGUUGAUUUGUGCGACAAUGGGGGAAAGCGGCCCAUGGUCAGCAUGAGCGUCAGUUUCACCAAGGAGCAAGCGGACACCAUCCGAAGAAUCCGCAGCAGCAAGGACUCCUGGGACAUGCUGGGUGUCAAGCCAGGGGCCACCAGGGAUGAGGUGAACAAGGCCUAUCGGAAGCUGGCGGUGCUGCUCCACCCGGAUAAGUGCAUGGCUCCUGGGAGCGAGGACGCCUUCAAAGCUGUGGUCAAUGCACGGACUGCCUUGCUUAAAAACAUCAAGUGAGAAAGGGAGGAAGCAGCUUCUCCCAAGGACUACUGAUCCCUUUUGAGAGGGCUGCCUUUCUCCAGUCCAAAUGAGAGACCUCAAGCGUUGCCUUUGAGCAAGGAUGGUAGGAGCAAGAACCAGAGGGAACCACUACAGACUGUUUCCCCUCCUGCUGUGCUCCUCAACCAUCCAGAACUGUUUCCCGCACUGUUGCAACCAGCUUGUCCAUCUGUGAGGUUGCCCAUCUGUGGUGGAUUGCCAAAUCCAUUUGAAUGCCUCCAUAGCUGUACUUUCCUCUGCAGGGAAGCUGGCCUUUGAUUGAGUUGUCUCUAAAAAUUAUUUAUUCUUUGUUUAAAGAGCUGCUCCUCUGGCCUCUCUGUACUUUGUUAUCCCAAACUUGGUGCUUUUAAGUCCAGCCUUUUCUCCUCUUCACCCUAUGCCUGGCAAUGUGUCCGGUUCCUUUCGAAUGGUCCUCAAUGAGUGAGCUAUAGUUCUCUGCCCUCCCUUUCCCAUGGUCAUAGCUGUGUAAGGUGGUCACCUCACAUAGCAUAUAGCGACUCAGACGGGAGCAUGGGGAGGAGUAGCUUAGGAGGUGGGCUGACCCAGGUGCUUUAAGGCAGAGAAGGAAACUGCUGAAGUGGAAUUCAAGGGGCACUUGAGUUGUGCGAGGCAGGAUUCAGAAUUUUGCUGGUUGCUCCUCAAUCUCAUGACUCAAAGCUGAAAUAGCAAGAAACUUGCUUCGCCAAGUGUUCCCUGACAUUUUAUCCUUGAGUGCUACCGUAUAAGGCAAUAAAUAGGAUAAAUAGUAGGCAGUGCUCUCUCAAGUCAGAGCAUGGUGCCUGCAGAUUCAGAAAGGAGUUAUUUUCACUCCCUCUCUGGCCUGUGAUAGCCUUUUGUCCAAAGUGAAAUCUCUGCCAUGGAAUCUCUCUGAAACAGUUUUCAUUUCAUUUUCAUUUCACUUUCAAUUGUAUGUCGCCUUUCCAUAUUGCCGCACACAAGGUGGUUUACAAGCUGAUGAAACAACAAAAUAUACAACAAAGAUCCCAUGAUUGAUCUAACUAACACAGGAUUCAGUGCCUGGGAUGGGACUUGGCCUUGCAGAGCAGUUCGUGAUUACUCUGGUGAGGAUUUCGGAUUAUAGCACUGGGAAAGAUAAACCUGCACCAUGAGCAGGAAGAUGGGGUUGAGUAGCUGAGAUCCUAAAUGGUUGUGCUUCUCAAGUUCAGAGAGAGAGAGUUGCACUCCCAGGAAACCAUUUUUAGCCCUUCACUAGGCUAAAAUGUAAGAAUCGGCAUUCUCAAUAUCACUUUUUUAAGAACUCUAGUGAUCUGGUUAGUGAAUAUAUGUGGAAUUAUGCCAGUUGAUUGGCUACAUGAUUUUUAAUUGUAAUCUAUUGUGGAAAACUUAAAUCUAUAUCUUUUCUUUUUGCCAAUGGACUACUAGUAAGACCACCUCCUCUCUCCCUGACUCCUCUCCCCACCCUGCCCCAUCAAUGCUACCGUAUCUAGAACACCUCAAAAACAUAACUGGAAAUGGAGGAGAAAAGAGGGUCCUCCCCUUUUGCUCAUGCCCUCUGUUCAUUUCCCUUCCUCCAGUCUCCUAAGGCAAUUGGUUUGUCUGGCUGGGAAGAUUAACUGGAAAAUGUGCUUGUGAGGGACGGGAGGUAGCAGGAUUCCCUCUGAGGCCCUGCAGUUGCCAUCUUUUGCAUCCCUUUGCCUGACUACUCAUGAAGUGGCAUUUGCCCCUACAGGUGUCACGAGGCCACUUUUCAGAAAAUUAUCCAGGGAGCACCAAAAUGUUCCAACUGGGAAAGACUGAGAUUCUCUCUCUGCAGCCCUGCUUCCUGGAGUGUCUCUGAACCACGGGAAAAGGAAGCUCUCUCGUGGAUUACCUUUGGGUCAGAGAUUGAGAUGAGCGAGAACUGCAAGACUGUACCCCUUGACAUUUCUUGCCUGCCUUCAGUGCAAACUGUUUAGCUUUUGAUCAGAUAAUGGAGGGAGAGAUUUGCCCCCCUCCCCACCGAGCCAAAAGUGAUGCCCUUUCUUGCGAUGUGUGUAUAGAUAUAUAUUAAUUCACAUGUGCACUUUAAGCCUUGGGCAGUGGUUUUAAGCUUGCAGACUUGUAUGGACCCCACAGUAGUUUCUUUCCCUCCAAUUGCCCAUGAAGCUCAGUCUUAACUAGGCAUCCCCAAACUUCGGCCCUCCAGAUGUUUUGGACUACAAUUCCCAUCUUCCCCGACCAUUGGUCCUGUUAGCUAGGGAUCAUGGGAGUUGUAGGCCAAAACAUCUGGAGGGCCGCAGUUUGGGGGUGCCUGGUCUUAACCAUUGUAAAUGCCUUGUGGAGUAAAUUCCCUGUGAACGUAAGGUUUUGCUGUAUAUCCUUGCGAUUGCACUUUCCUGCCUUUUGUUUUCUGCCCAAGGUGUUGCGUGACUGAGACCUGCCUUCGUUCCCCCUGCCAUUUUGUUCGGUUGAGCUUUUGACCUUGUGAACUCCCAUCUCCAGGGCAAGCUUUUCUACCUGUGGAAGGUACUGCAAGCCCUACUGGCUCCCUCAGCAGUUGGUGCGGUCCCUGACAAAGAUUGCUGUGCAAACCAGAGCAGGCUUGGCACCACAGGAAGCUGCCUUGUAGUGAUUCAGACCAUUGGCCCAGCCAGCCCAGCGCUAGCCACACUCAGUAGCAGCUGCUCUCCAGGGUUUCAGAUGAGGGGCAAUCCCUUCACUACCUAGAAAUGCCACGGAUGUGAACCUGCUCCUUCUCUUUGGGUGCAGAGCCUUUAUGUUUUUAUUUCAUAAGGCUAUUGAAGCUGCAAGCAGCUGUCCCACCCCAAGGGAAGACUUUGUUGGGAGGUCUUGCUCUGUAACAAAACUGUUCUGCUAAGAUGGCAAAAUGCCAUCCCGUCAGAACCAGAGUGCAACAUGAAGAGAUCAGAGCACCCAAUAUUGCCGCUGUGAUUUAUCCGGGUCAGAUCCUGCCCCCAAGAACGGGCAGUGGCUUCCUGUACUUUUGAUGUAAUCCUGGCAUGCUAAGCGGGGCAUAUGGGAGGUACACUGUUUGCUAGUGCAUUAUUUUUGGGGUGCUUGUAUAGCUAAGCUUUGCAUGAUCUCUGUUGAAUCCUCACUUGCGCAGCCUCUUUGGAUGAGCAGGGAAAUGGAAUAAGCCUGGGACGUGGAGCAAAUGUGUGCUCCCUCUUUGCAUCUACCCAAGAACCUUCAGCGAUCAUGACCUUGGGACUGAUUUCUCUGUAAAAUUCCCUCCCAGUGCAGGCUUUUCUUCUGAAAGUGGAAAAAGGUAAAUGCAGGGUGAUUUAAACUCCAAGCCAUAAAGGCAGGGGAUCUCUUUCAAAGCAUUUUCUGUUUUUCAGAAACAGUUCCUACUCUCCACCCACCCCAUUCUCAGCCUGCCUUGUGUGAUAAAUGGAUUUGAAUGCACUGUAUUUUUUGGUAUUUACUUACACUCACCCUCUCUCACCAGACAUCUGAAGGUGUGGAUCAGCUUACUGUGAGAUGACUUGAAGUUGUUGGAACACCAGACACCUGCAUGUUCUUGCAUAGAAAACGUUUCUCCUUUUGAAGUUUAUGUAUUAUAUUUUUACAAAAUUAAAUUGGAUUUAAAACACA